AUGCUUCAGGUUCAUCAUUAGGGGUGGAUAAACUGAUCCUGAAUCGGUUUCUGAGAAUGGAAAAUACUCAGAGCAACUACGAGAAAUCGAUACUAGGUUGUAGUCUGUGGUAACUGAUAGUAAUCAACCGGGUAUGUUUGAAACGUAAAAACAACUGAGCGCUGAGCGAAGUUAGCACAGGCAAACUAAUGUAGCCGACAGGACUGAGAUACUCUUGUAGCUAGGGACUUCAGUACAACACAGACUGUAACAGCUACCUGGGUUUAAUAGCUACCUGAUAUUUAUACAACUUUCUAAGUACGGUUUCUCUGAAAUUUUGUAGCAAACUGUUAUCACACUCUGGCAAUUAAUUGCCUAUGUAACUAGCUAGUUUCUUAGUAUUAGCAAUGGAUGUAUGCGGCUUUGCGUACCUUCUGUUGUGUACGUGUGUGGCGUUGAGUAAGCCCACUUUAAAGAAAGAAAGGGUUCACCAUGAGCCCGAACUGAGCCGACAGCCACACGAGGACAAUCAGAGCUACCGGUAUGACCAUGAGGCCUUUUUAGGCAAAGAAGAGGCCACUACUUUUGAUCAGUUGACCCCGGAGGAGAGCAAAGAGAGGCUUGGGAAAAUUGUGGACCGGAUAGAUAAUGACAGGGAUGGCUACAUCACAACCAGCGAACUUAAAACCUGGAUCAAAAGGGUGCAGAAGCGUUAUGUUUAUGAGAACGUGGCCAGAGUCUGGUCUGAUUAUGACCUCAACAAAGACAACCAGAUCUCAUGGGAGGAGUACAAAAAAGCAACAUAUGGAUACUAUCUUGCCAAUCCGGAGGAGUUUGAAGAUGCCACUGAUCAGUUCAGCUUCAAGAAGAUGCUGCCUCGCGAUGAGAGGAGGUUCAAGGCAGCCGACCUUGACGGUGACCUGGCAGCCAGCCGUGAAGAAUUCACAGCUUUCCUCCACCCCGAGGAAUUUGAGCACAUGAAAGAUAUUGUGGUCCUUGAAACACUGGAAGACAUAGACAAGAAUGAGGAUGGAUACGUGGAUGAGGAUGAGUAUAUAGCUGACAUGUUUGCACAUGAAGAGGGGGGGCCAGAACCAGACUGGGUUAGGACUGAGCGAGACCAGUUUUCUGACUUCCGGGACAUCAAUAAGGACGGGAAGAUGGAUAAGGAGGAGAUUCGGCACUGGAUCCUCCCUCAGGACUACGACCACGCCCAAGCCGAGGCCAGACACCUGGUGUAUGAGUCUGAUGUGGACAAGGAUCAGAUGCUGACCAAAGAGGAGAUCCUGGAUAACUGGAACAUGUUUGUGGGCAGCCAGGCCACCAAUUACGGAGAGGACCUGACCAAGAACCACGAUGAGUUGUGAUGUCUGGCAUAGUGUGAUGCGGCGACUCGCCCAUGUCUGCCGUGUCUCCUUGCUACCAUCAACUCCUGGCUGCAGGCAGCGACAAUGAUUCUGGGAUGGCUGCAGGACUCCACCACAGUGCUGCCCAGAGAAAGAGGGGCUGUGCGGCCUAUUUGCACCUUUGAUAAAGCUGUGUCUGCAUUUUUCUCUCUGUGAGAUAGUCAAGGAAGUACAGCAGUUUCCACAAGGAAUGCUGCUACCCACAAUUGAGACCUCUUUUAAAGCCAUCGAAAGGGUAACAUUGUGUCUACAAGCCUCAUGAUUGUUUUAGGCCUAUGUGUUAAUGUAAUUUCACAAACUGAAUUAUUAUAUUGUGCUUGAGUUUUGUGUAAGCACAAUGAGAAUGUAGAGGA